CCCUCUGCGUCAGCGUCCGCACUCCGCGUCAGUCGGCUCGCUCGCGUGUGUUGACAGAGGUUAUCGCGCGGAGUCCCGGGCGGUGUGCGUGGUCGCUCCUUCAUGUUUCGGCCGACUCCUCGUCAGCUCGGCCGCUCGCGAGGUCUCGUCGGAUAAGGAGAGAAAGAAGAGAGAGAGAGAGAGAGGGAGAGAGAGAGAGGCGCGGCGGCGGCGGCGGCCUCGGAAGCGCGACGCGAUCGCGGGAGCUACGCCGCGAAUUGUCCCGCCGCGCCCGGUCCUCCCUCACGCUCAAUAAUGAGGGACAUGGCAGGCAAGAUCGCCGAGUUGAAGUUCGAGGCACCCCUCGCGCGCUUCGAGGAGGAGGACACCGCCAGCCUGAAGAACAUGAAUCUCCUCACAGAUUUCGUCCCUGAAAGGAAAGCCCUCAACUGCCACGCAGUCACGUUUGCACCCGACUUGGCGUCUUGUUCUCCUGCGAAUCGGCUCACGCGAUUCUCCGAUUUUUCCGCUACUUUGCAAGUAAUCCGGGAUAUUUUCGUUUCGCAACUACUAUACGCUUCGCAAACACGAAGAGAGAGACAAGUGUGUGCAUUUAUUGACGCGACACGCGUCCAUCGGUGUCACGUCCGAUAACGCUCGAUAUCGCGUCAGCAGUCGUGACCUCGGCUCAUCAUCUCCGCGCUUCGUCGAUACCGCCGCGAUAGAGCAGGGGAUGCGAGGGGAGAAAUCGAUUCCGGAUCGGAGCCGAGAGGAGGAGACAGCUUCGAGAUUAUCUCUCACCUCCGUAGAGCAACUGCUGGACGCCAGCCUGGACGCGACUUUCGGCGAGAAUUGCAACGCGAACGAGCCGGCGAAGACGCACGAGAAUGGCACCGACAUCCUGCAGGAGGGCACCUUCAGCCCGUUUAGCGGCAGCCUCGAGGACCUCGUCAACACCUUCGACGAGAAGAUCACGUCCUGCUUCCGCGAUUACGGCACCGACGUCGAGUCCUUGGCUCCGGUGCAGGUGCGGACGCAGGAGGAAAUCAUGAACGAGUGCCAGAUGUGGUGGACCAUCACCGGGACUUUCGGAAACAUCCUGCCGAUCGACUGGAGCAAGUCCUACGCGAGGAAGAUGCACAUGCCCGCUCUGAAUCUGAACGAAGCGCCCGCUUCGACGGAGAGACCCGAGCUAGAGGAUUUAAGUAGCGAAGAUGAGGCGGUUGCGACAGAUUUGGACAUGCAUGCUUUAAUCUUAUCCAGCAGCACCGACACCCACAGCCCGGAGGAACCGCUGAAGACCGCCGAGGAGGUUCUGCGUGAGAUAGAUGACAUAAUGCAGGAGAGUCCAUCGAUGGAAAGAUCGCCGGAUUCAGACGGUUCCUUACUGGACAGCGACGAGGCGCUGGAGAGAAGCAGAGAAGUGCUCGGGUCGCCGCUGCAGGAGAAAAAACUGAAGCAACUCUCGUCCAGUCAGCUGACGGAGCUUCUCGGAGAGAUGGAGUCCCUGGUCGCGGCCUUGAGCGAGACUCUGAUCGCCGAGCUCGCGCUCAGGGACGAGUUGGAGUACGAGAAGGAGCUGAAGAAUCAGUUUAUCUCUCUGCUGUUGGCUGUGCAAAAUCGACGUAGGCAGCACCACGUGACGAAGAAGAGGAAUCAAAUGCAGAAUGGUACUAGUCCGUUGCCGCAGCAUAGGUCUUUGCAGGAGCCGAAGUACCUGACGACUGUUAUCCCAUAUCAUACGGACAGCGGUCCGCCGAAUAAUCAAGCCUUGCAAGUACUUAUCAAAAUAUUAAAAGCCAUUAGCGAGGAUAGCCCAACUGUACCCACUUUGCUGACGGAUUAUAUACUCAAAGUGUUAUGCCCGACUUAGGGCGAGUGCGUUGAAAAGGAUGAGGAAUAGAAAGAGAAUGCAGAAACAGAAUCGACGUCAGCGGAUGCAAUGUGCUCUCUUCUUCUUGCCAGUACGCUUUCAGCCGUCAUUGUGCCGCGUGUUACUACGUUAAGACAACUAGCUUACGAGCUGUAAUUUCGAUCACACUCGAUCUGUAUUGGCUGUAGAAGUAGAUAAGGUAUCUCUGAUAUUCUAUCUAGUCUUAAUUUACAUAUUACCAUGUGUAUAUUACUUGCUUAAGGUACGGUAAGUAUAUAUUUUUAAUAAUUCGCGCAACAUAUGUGUUAUUGACUCGCGCAAAAUCGUACAUUUUUCAUAUUUAUAUUGUAUCAUUGACUCGCGUAAUAUCGAUUCAGUUUUAUACAUACAUUUGUUUUGUACAUAAGAAUCACGCAGGAGAUAGAAGAACGAGGUUUCCCCUCGUGCGUAGUCGGUCGUCAGCAAUGGCAGCACAGGGCUCCUCUCUAUCUAGAAUCGUGUAAACUGCUACCUUAUAGAGAUCAGUUUCUACUCGAGAGAUUCGAAUUAGUGUACAUUGUUGUAACGCCAGCGUAUUUAGAGAUACUGCAUUUAUCGAUAUGUACACGACGCAGAGUGAAGAAUCUUGCAGUGUCAGUCAGUCAGUCAGUCAGUGAAAUCACUUGCCGCCCCACCAUACAAUUAAUUGUUCACGCAAUGCGCAAAGGUUCGGAACACUGUGUUUGUUAAAACGAAAAAUAAAUUGAACGACCUCACCACUGUCGAACUCGA